UUGGAAACCAGGAGGAAGCCCGUGUUACUUGCUUACAUUAGCACUCUCAGUCUUGUUGUUGGUGAAGGGGGCCAUGUGGGCACGCCUGAUGGGUAAGAUCUGGAAGGCAGGGGUCACGAAGGGCGCUGCGCUGCAUCCUGAGGCGCCAAACAGGAAGUAAAGCCGCAAACCAAGGAAGGCGGCGGUGAUCCGUGCUGCCAAGCAAGCCAGAGCAGGUCGCCGUGCAGCGACCGAGAGAGUAGACACUACGGCAACUCCAAUGAACAUCAGCGGCAAUGGGAGUGCGGCCACGGGGGCCAAUGGAAGCGGAGCCGUGGGGCCGAGCGCACAGGGGUCGGAAUCUACCGUCGUAGUGGCAUCACGGUCAUGUGAUGUCGCUAAUGGGGGGAAUACAGUGAAACUUUGAGAGCCAGCUCUGUUGAGGCCUGGGUAUGCCGCAUAUGUACCUUUAUGAACUGUGAGAGCAUCAACCGAUGCACGAGCUGCAAGUGCGAUCGGGCAGAUAUCAUCAUUGACCGGGUGCCCAAUAACACGCUCACCAAAGUCAUUGGUCUGGUCUUCGAUGCCGUCGUGUCUGAAACAACAAUGUUGCUACCGAUCGUGUGUCUAGUGCCACCGACUAUACGGAUGUUGCAACUGAGCGACCGUCCACUGUCACUGACAGCAAGUAUACAGCCACUGACAGAAAGGCUGCUGCCACCAACCGAAAGUCUGCUAGCACUGGCCGACGGGCUACUGGCAUCGACCAGAUGCGUUACCCAAUAUGUGGAGAUUACUACUCUGGUCGAGACGUCACUGUUGGUCGCAAAUUUGCGACAGCUGUUGAAACGUGGCAAGUAGCGUACAUCAACGACAGACGUGAGUCGCCAGCCCUUGAAUAUGUAACACGAUAUGCAGUUGCACGGGGUGUUGUGCAGCACACGGCUGAAUGAGUAGCGAGCUUCCUGAUGGAGGACGUAGUGCUGAAGUCCGGAGCCUUCCGGACUAUUGACAGAUGGUGCGAGAAAUGACGGGACGAGUGAUCGAGCAGUUAGUCGUACUGCUCCAAGCGAAGCAAAGGAAUUCGACCCCUUAUCGGCCGCAGAUGAUAGAUCUGGUGGAGUGCUACCACAGAACGUGGAGAGAAUGCGUUUCAACAUUCAUGGCGGACGAACGUCAAAACGACUGGUGUGCUUGGGCGAAAUACGUGGUGUUCGCGCACAACUCCGCUCAACACUCGACGGUGGUGUUGAGCCCCAACGUAUUGAUGAUGGGUCGAAGACUGAGACCUCCGAACGAACUGUUGCGAGAAACGGAGCUUACUGAACCCGGUGAUCUAAUGGAUUACCAUCGCCAAUUGAUGGUAGCGAUGGAACGAGGGUGUGAAUGUGAAGAGCGUGCACAACGGAAGGAACAAGCGCGUCAAGUCUACUACUAUGGUCGCAAAAGUCAAACAACGACGAACAUUUCACCUGCAUUCAGGCGGGGGACGCCGAAGGCUUGGGUGAACGAAGGAGGCAAACGUACACAGAGGAAUCACUCGUGA